AUGUCAAAUUCUACUAGUGAAUGUUCCUUGCCAAAGAAGAGUGGUUCUAGUUCCAACCGGUUCAGGUUUUCUAUUCCUCGCAACAACAAAAAUAAACAGCAACAAAAACCUGAACCGGUUAAACAAGAUGUCUCGAAAGUUCACUCAUAUGACUCCAUCUCACCAAUUCCUAUUAGCGUGGAAAAUUUGAAUAAUCUCUUAUUUUCAUUCACUCCAAAAAUGCAAGUUGACUCGUAUGACUCCAUUUCGCCAAUUCCGACUGAGAACAAAGGAAGCAAAACUUGUGAGUCUGGGGAGAAGCCCUAUUUCAUUCUUGAAAACUUGUGGCAGUCUUUCAAGGAAUGGAGUGCAUAUGGAUUGGAGGUUCCUCUCACACUCAACGGCAAUGAACGUAUCGUACAAUACUUUGUUCCUUAUUUGUCUGCAAUUCAACUCUAUAUUGAAGAUGAAGGAUUGGACAAAAAGCCCAGUGAGGAAAGUGGUACUUCUGUGACUUCAAACAAGACACCUCAUAAGCUUGUCUAUAAAUACUUUGAGCAUGCUUUGCCACAUGUACGCCUUCCCCUUACUGAUCAGGCUUCAACUCUUGCCAAAGAAGAUCCUUGUAUAAAGAAUUUGAAGAGCUCUGAAUUAUCACCCCGUAGUUGGUUUUCCGUGGCAUGGUAUCCGAUUUACCGCAUCCCUCUCGGACUAACGAUGAAAAACCUCGAUGCGUCUUUUCUUACUUACCAUAAGCUAUCAACUGAUUUCAAAAUCAAAACUCUACCGGAGAGGCGUGACGGAAAGUUGAAAAUGUCUCUUCCAAGUUUUGGCCUAACUACUUAUAAGGUGAAAGGGUCGAUCUUGCCUUUUCCUGCAGCAUCUGAAUCAAGCCUGUUGAACUCGCUUUUGAAGGCGGCUGAUGAUUGGUUGGAGAAUUUGGAAGUCAGCCAUUAUGAUCAUAACCAUUUUGUUAAGAAUGGUAAGCAGUGGGUCGAUUAG